AAAAUAAAAACAAAGUGAUCGCAAAACGGGUACCGUACCGUAAUACCCAUACCGUACCAAUAUAUUCGGUACGGUAUUUGGUACUCAGUUUUGUUCAAAUUCAAUACCGAUACAGAUAACUGUACCAAUCUCAUCCCUAUAUAUAGCCACCAAAACCUCUACAAAGGGCCAUAUCAACCAUGCCACCUUCCACCACCACAUUUGUUGCCACCACCACCAUCCUCCUCCUCCUUACCACCACCGCCUCCACCGCCACCCGACGACCAUUUAACAAAAUCUACGCAUUCGGCGACUCUUACACGGACACUGGAAACACCGCAUCCAACAGCGGCCCAAACGCCUUCACCUACGUCUCCAACCCGCCAUACGGCACCACAUUCUUCCACCACCCCACCAACCGAUACUCCGAUGGCCGUCUAGUCAUCGACUUCGUAGCCGAAUCACUCUCUUUACCCUACUUGCCACCCUACCACAACCCCAAAGCUGACACCUCGUACGGGGUCAACUAUGCUGUUGCAGGGUCAACGGCCAUACCAUACUCGUUCUUUGUCAAAAAUAACCUUACUCUUGACAUACAACGUCAGUCUUUACAAACUCAACUUGCUUGGUUUAACAAAGACUUGGAGGGGCAAAAGUGUAAAAGUGCAAAGUUAACUCCUAACGAAUGCAAGGCGGUGUUUGAUAAUGCAUUGAUUUGGGUGGGUGAAAUUGGAGCCAAUGAUUAUGCGUACACCGUUGGAUCUAACGUUGAAAGUAAAACAAUUCAACAGCUUUCUAUUCGUAGUGUCAAUGGAUUUCUAGAGGCAUUGCUUGACAAAGGUGCAAAAUACAUGGUUGUGGAAGGCCUUCCGACAACCGGCUGCUUAACCCUCUCCAUGUCGCUAGCGUCCGAGUCAGACCGCGAUGACAUGGGCUGCGUCGGUAGCCUCAACAAGCAAAGCUACGACCACAACACCAUCCUCCAAACCAAAAUCCGAGACCUCCGGCAAAAGUACCCGGAAACCGUCAUCAUUUACGCUGAUUACUGGAACGCUUACCGUUCCAUUAUCAAGAACGCGCCUAAACUAGGCUUCAAGGAGCUUUAUAAUGUGUGUUGUGGGUCAAGUGGCGCACCAUACAACUUCGAUGUCCUUGCUACUUGUGGGUCCCAGUCUGCGAGCUCGUGUUCAAACCCUUCUCAGUAUAUCAACUGGGAUGGAGUUCACCUAACCGAGGCUAUGUAUAAGGUGGUUGCUGACUCGUUUCUAAAGGGCGGGUUCACUCAUCCGCCGCUUGGGUCACUGUUUAGCAGUAAACAAUACUCCGGCUAGAUUACCAUGAGCAUGUUUCCUAGUUUUCGUUGUUCAAUGUGUUUUCUCGAGUCUGCGACUAUGGUCUUAGACUCUUAGCGAAUAGCGUAUGUAGGAUUUGCGUUUUCUCGAGUCUGCGACUAUGGUCUUAGACUCUUAGCGAAUAACGUAUGUAGGAUUUAUGUAUCAGUGUUUUUCAGGGCAAUGAUUACGUUUGGUUCUUGAGCAUCA